AACACAGACACAUCGUUUUACCAUUGAUACAUAAUAUAUAUUUAUAUAUUAUAAUGUCAAUGGUACGUAUAUAUUUAUAAAUAUUGGCAUUAGUAGCUUAUUACUAAAAUGUGAUUAACAGCAGUGAAAACAUUUUUAAAUAUUUAAUAGGUGUAUUUUUCUUUUCAAAUUAAACAAUGAAUAUUGUUUUAAAUUUACUGUGGAUAUUUAUUUUUUUAGUUCUUACUAAUGCUAAUGUGAAAUACAAAAUUUGUGUAAUUAUGAGUAACAGGGGUAAUGACAAAACACGAGAUCAUUGUCCUCCCUUAAGUGUAGAUAAAUCUAGUCAAGUCGAAUGUGUAUUCGCAACUGAUAAAUUGCAUUGUCUAAGAAAAAUUCUUAAUGGAGAAGCAGAUUUUGGAGUGUUUCAAGCAGAAGAAAUAUCAUAUGCAACGCAGUGGAAUGACUAUUUAAGCAUUACGAAUGAAAUUCGUUUAUUUGAAAAUGAAAAAUUUGAUUAUAACAUGGUAGUGUUAAUCAAUGAAGAUGCUGGCAUUAAGAACUUAAACGAUUUAAAAGGUAAGCGUUUGUGUCAUCCAGGAUUUUAUAAAGGAGAACCAGGAAAUGGUUGGUCUAAUUUAAUAUCACAAUAUUUUGAACGAAUUAUUGUUCCACAAAAAUGCGAUCCACAAUUAAGCCUAAUAGAAAAUCAAUUAAAAUCACUUUCUCAAUUUUUUGACGAGUCUUGCAAACCAGGUCAAUGGGAUCCAGAUCCUGAUAUGGAUAUUAUACUAAAAGAAAAAUAUCCAAAUCUAUGCGCAAAUUGUAAGAACCCGUCAAAAUGCAACAUUAAUGAUCAAUUUUGGGGUAGACAGGGAGCAUUACAAUGUUUAAGUGAUUGUUUUGGAGAUAUUAGUUGGGCCAGACUAUCCGAUGUUAGAAUACAUUUUAAAGGUGACAGUACAAAUGCUUGCAGUAAAAUAAGUUUUCUAUGUCCUGAUGGAACUUUACAAUCAAUGGAAACUCCUAAUCCAUGCAUUUGGGUAUCUCGACCUUGGCCGGCCGUGGUUACAAGAAAUUCAACAUCAUUAAAUAUACAAAGAAUGAUUAACUACGUAAACACAGCUAAAGAAUUAAAAAACGCAACAUCAUGGCAGUGGGCUUUAAACAAUUUACUUCUAUACUAUUCUGAACCUAUUUCAUCUAAUAUCAUUAGAAGUCCAAAAGAAUACAUUUUUUCAGCUCCUGGUUAUAUAAAAGCUGAAGAAAAAGGACGGUUGUGCAAAGAUCGUGGAUAUUCUAUGUGUAUUGAAACAAUAACAGCCUUAAAAAAAUGUCAAGCACUCUCGGAUAUAUCAAUAAGUUAUGGUAUACAGCCAAAAUUAAAUUGCAUACUUUCUCCAAAUUGUGGGAAAAAAUUAAAAGAUGGAGAAGUAGAUAUGAUGGUAUUAGAUGCUGAUAAAAUUGCUUUUUUAAGAAGAAACUAUGGUAUAUCAAAACCAAUACUUUAUGCAACUUCACUUUAUCACCAUUUAUAUAGAAAAAUGAGCGCGAUUAUGUUGACGAAAAAUGUAGCCGGAGAUCUUCAACAGCUAAAAGGCAAAAAAGCCUGCUUUCCUUCGUAUGAUGGUUAUGUUUGGAAUUCAUUUUUAAUCACACUUAAACUAGAAAAUAUUGAUUUAUUUCCGAAUAAUAAUACAAUAAAAAACUUUUUCAAAGAAAGUUGUGCAAUAUUGAGUUCAAAUCAAAACGUAAUAGCAGAAUGUGAUUUUGAUGAUAUCUUACCUGAAGAUAGUAAUAAAAACGGAAUGUGGAUUGAAACUCAAACACUUAGAUGUAUUAUUGAAGGAGGUGGAGAUGUAGCAUUUAUCAAUACUCUUCAUAUAAAUCAAUAUUUAGAUAUUUUAAGAUCACCAUUAAACUUACCAAACAACUUUGAUGUACAUAAUUUUUCAACUGUUUGCAAUCGAAAAAAUCGUAUUUCAGUUGAUUGUCCAUUGUCAUGGUCUUACUUUGGACAUAUAUUAGCAAAACCAAAUAUAUCUUCAAUUUCAAAAAAUGAAAUGACCUCAUUAUUAAUAAACAUGGAUAUGACUUUUGGACGAAGAUCCAAGCUAAACAAUAAUUUAUUACCACCAGUUUUCUCUAUGUAUGGACCAUUUGAUGAUUUUGCUGAUCCUAUGUUUCCGGCAGAUACAGAGAAAUUGGAAACCAUUAAGCAAUUAAAGGAACACCAAACGCCAAUAGCACCGCAGUAUGAAUCUUAUAUUCAUAUUUUAAAUGAUCUUAAACCUACAGUAAGUUCUAGCGUCUUGAUAAUGCCAUUUUCUUUAUUACAAUUACUUAUAAUUUUUAAAUUAUUAUUUAAAUAUUGUAUAUAAAUAGGCACUUUUUAUCAAAAUACAUAAGUACCCUAAUUUUUUUUUUAAAUUGUGAUCCAUAUAUUAUAA